GUUCAAUUCAGUAUUCGGAUCGUUUUUUGCACCGUUUGUACAUUACCUAGUUGCACUUUACCUCGCGGUCACCAUACUAGCUAGCGACGUUGAAUAAAAUAGAAAACAAAAACGCAUACGGUGCGUCGCGUCGUGGUUCGAAGUAGUUCAAGUUCGCAAAGUCACCAGCUAGCAAGCAUGUCGGAUAGUAAAUUUGUAAGUUUGGAGGAUACCCUUCAGAAGCAUAUCCCAUCGGAAGAGCUGAAGGAAGUUAAGCGGAUUCUGUACGGACGGGAGGAUGACCACGCCCUCACAUUCACCGAGGAAGCCACCUCGCUGGCCAAAGAAGUUGGCGUCGAGCUGAAGGGAUACGAGUUCACCGCUCGCAAGGAGGAUCUCCGCCGUCCACGGAUCGUUCGCGUAGGCCUAAUCCAAAACUCGGUCGACAUUCCAACCACCGCUCCGAUCCACGUCCAGCGGGAUGCACUGCAUGAAAAGGUUUCGAACAUCCUGCGGGUUGCGUCCACUGCCGGCGUCAAUGUGAUCUGCUUCCAGGAGGCUUGGACGAUGCCAUUUGCCUUCUGCACCCGCGAGAAGUUCCCCUGGUGUGAGUUUGCCGAAGAUGCCGAAAAUGGUCCCACGACUAAGCUUAUGAAGGAACUGGCCAAGCAGUACAAUAUGGUAAUCAUCUCGCCGAUCCUGGAGCGUGAUUCAAAUCACAACGAAACCCUAUGGAAUACUGCCGUCGUAAUCUCGAACAACGGAAAUUACAUGGGCAAGCACCGCAAGAAUCACAUUCCUCGAGUGGGCGACUUCAACGAGUCGACCUACUACUACGAGGGAGAUACCGGCCAUCCGGUGUUCGAAACGCAGUUUGGUCGCAUCGCUAUCAACAUCUGCUACGGGCGCCACCAUCCGCAGAAUUGGAUGAUGUUCGGACUGAACGGCGCGGAAAUUGUGUUCAAUCCAUCGGCUACUAUCGGUGCCCUCAGUGAACCGCUCUGGAGCAUCGAGGCCCGCAACGCUGCCAUUGCCAACAGCUACUUCACGGUGGCGAUCAACCGCGUCGGAACGGAAGUGUUCCCGAACGAGUUCACCUCCGCCAAUGGAAAACCGGCUCACAAGGACUUUGGGCCGUUCUACGGAUCGUCUUACAUUGCUGCCCCGGAUGGAACCCGGACGCCGGCCCUGUCCCGGGACAAGGACGGCCUUCUGAUCGCCGAGAUGGACCUAAACCUCUGCCGGCAGGUCAAGGAUUUCUGGGGCUUCCAGAUGACCCAGCGGCUGCCGUUGUACGCGGAAAGCUUGGCCAAGGUCAUCCGGGCGGACUACAAACCGCAUGUCAUUAGGGAAAGUUAGAGGAAUUGGUAUACUGUUUUUCUUUUUUUGUAUGUCAAAGAAUGUUUAUAUUUCAAUGAACUGCUUCAAUGUAUAAUAAUGUAGCUUUUUCUUCUCGGUUGGUGUAAAAUUUACAGAUUU